UCUAGAGGAGUGCAUUCAACGACUUGAAACAUUAACGCAAGUCAAAAAAACUGUACCACCUGUAGUGCAAAUAAAGGACAAUUUUAAUUGAAAAAUCGAGUUCCAAAAACAAGUAAAUUGAAGUUGCAUCAGCACCUACAACAGUUUUAUUACUAAAUUUUUAAUGGCAAUAAUCUCCAAGUAAGGACAAAAGAAAUAUUAUCAACCAAAUGUCCGUUAUGGCGAAUAUUUGCAGCAAAUUUGUGUACCGUUAUACUGUAAGCACUCUUCAGGGACAAAAAGUAAACACAAACCAAUGCCCCUAACUUAUAAAUUUAGGCUCAGGAGCGAAACGAGCUACGAGAAUUUGCGCAGUGAUCAAGUUUUCCUGGAAAAGCGAAAAGAUAGAAACAAGAAAGAAAAACAAUCUGAGAGAGUCUGUAAUUAUAAGUUUUGGGAACCACCUAGUACUUUGCGUAGUACAGAUCCAAAAAUGGUUGCCUAUAUGAUCAAAUUAAGGAUGCUCAAAAAGAAAGCAAAAGCUAAAUACAAAUCUCCUUUUAAGAAUGUGCAGUAUCAAGUGGGAGGUGUUUCUUUUGCCGGCGGAAAACCAAGAUAUCUUUUGUCUAAUGUCGCAUUACUUCCAACUGGCUACAUACCUAUCAACGGCGGGACUGUACCUAUAGGUGGAGAAUACAUUACAUCUCUUAAUGGAUUCUGGAAAUUUCCAAAAGAAGUUAAAGAAGAAUGUGAUGAAACUUGUGACUGUUUAACUAAAUGGGAAGAGCCUGUAAUGCAAUACUUAAAAGGAUCAAAAUGCAAAUGCGGUCACUUGUAUGAUCUCUACCAUGAAGGGAAAAUAAAAGAGAAAUACUUUCACCAGGCUACAAGACAUGGCCCAUUUUGGAUUGAUAAAGCUAAAGUUUAUCAAAUGGAUCCGAUGGAUGAUUUUAUAAAGGAUACAGUCAAGGAGGUAUUAAUGUCCGCCGAACCUACGCCUCAACCGUCUACACCGACAAUAUCGGCUACUGGACUCAAGGAGAAAGAUCUUUUAGCGGCGCUUUUAGCCGAUUUAUCAGAUACUCCCCUGCUAAUUCCUCAUCUACCACAAGCGAAUCUUUUAAAUAAUCUACAAGAAUGGGUAAGGAAUCGAGUUAAAGGCAAAAUAGGUCCAAAAGAACAUAAACGAUUAAUUCUGCAAUCACAACGUAGAUGGUUAGAUCUGAAGCAUAUGGAUUUCAGAGCUCGAGCGUACAGAAUUCCAUUUACUAUGAAACAACUUGAACAUAUGAAUUGGUCACAUCGGCAGUUGGUUCAAAAUCUGUUUGAUAUAUUACUUAAUGAUUUCGUAACAAGAAAUAAAAUUAAGCAAGUUGAGCAGACACGUCUCUGGUGGUCUACAACCAAGUAUGAUGCGUAUCCGAGUAAACCAUUUCUUGACAUAUAUUUUACAUAUAUGCCUGGAAGAAUGAAAGACACGUUCCUGAUAAAUCCUUAUAGCUCUGAUCUUACACCAAAGCAUGGAGGGAAAACUUGUCUUUUAUAAAACGCUGACAGUCGGUACCCAAACUUCGUUCAGAUUUUAUUAUCAAAACUAAAUAUAGAAAGAGAUUAUACUGACGAAUUGAUUCUCCCUUUGGAUUUUCGAGAUGGCGGAAGCGUGGGAUGUGCUCUUCAGUGUGAUGUAUUUCGGGGGAAGUUUUGUCGCUUGGAGUGUGUUCAGAUAUAUCAUAGUUCUUCUAUGCGACGAGUUCUUCUGUCCGGGAGACUACUUGAGUAAAGGAUUAUGACAUCCCAAAAUCUGAAGAACAGUGUAGAGAAAAAUUGAAGGAGUUGUUUAUAAAAAACAAAGAUGUCACUGAUAUCA